UUCGUUUUGAUAUUUCGAAUUCAGAUUUUUUUUUUCGAUCUUUUUCAUUUUCAUUAUGAUUGUAAUAGGAAAUCACCAAAAUUAUGAACAAGGAAAGCAAUUUCUUACACCAAGUUCACGCUGUGGCUUUAAUUUCAUCAAUUGCAAGCGGAAUGCCCAAUUAUUGGCCCAAGGUUAUCGGCCCCCUAGGGCUGUAACAACUGGAACCUCCAUAGUGGGCAUCAUCUAUGAGAAUGGCGUAAUUUUGGGUGCCGAUACCCGAGCCACUGAAGGACCCAUUGUUUCUGAUAAGAAUUGCUCGAAAAUACAUCGCCUGCAGGAUUAUAUUUAUUGCUGUGGAGCCGGCACAGCUGCGGAUACUGAGCACCUUACGCAGAUGACUUCAUCGGAAUUGGACUUACAUCGCUUGAAUAUCAAUCGGGAACGUGUGCCUGUAGUGUGUGCCAGCAGAAUGAUGCGUAGCACAUUGUUUCGAUAUCAAGGUCAUAUAAGUGCCGCCCUGGUUAUGGGCGGUGUGGAUAAGGCGGGGCCACAGAUCUAUUGCAUCUAUCCGUGUGGCUCUAACGAUAAAAUACCAUACGCUGCCAUGGGUUCAGGUACUUUAGCUGCCAUGUCGGUUCUCGAACACGGUUGGCAUGCACAAUUGAGCCUGGAUGAGGGCAAACAAUUGGUACGUGAAGCCAUAUCGGCUGGCGUCUUUAAUGAUCUUGGUUCUGGCUCCAAUAUCGAUAUGUGUGUGAUUAGUUGUGGCAAGGCUAAGGCCGAGUAUUUGCGCACGGAGACAAUCACCAGUGAGCGGGGUGAAACGAUUGCCAAAUAUGCCAUCAAUCCGAAUACCACAGUUGUUAAAAGUACAUCCAUUCUGAGCAUUGAGGUGCUCAAUAAGAAUACCUAUGAGCUGCCUAGAUUGCCUUCCACAAUGUUCUCAUCCUCAUCGGCUCGGUUUUUGCCAGUGGAACCUCAUGCUUCAAGUGGUCAUCAUAUGCUUCAGGAGAAGCGGAUAGAGCAGGAGGAGGAGCAAAUGCAAGAGGAUGAUGACCAAAUUCCAAGUGGAAGCCAAGCAGCAGCAAAAUCAAAAAAUAAUGAAGAUGAACAAACAGAACAAAAGCCACAAUAAUUUAGUCAUUUAAUUCUGUAAAUUCUUUGAGUUAGUCCAUUGAGUAAAUCUGUCUCUUUAGUAAACGAAAAUGUCACAACAA